AUGUCCGAUUUGCUGAGCCGUAAAGUUGCUAACAUUGACGAGGAACUGAGCCCUCAAAGAGUUGCAGAGGCACAGCGUAGAGACCCAUCAUGGCAGGAGUUGUGGGAAUAUUUAGAGGAAAUACGGGUGCCAAGACAGAGAUUUCUACUCCAUCUUGAGGAAUUCGAAUUAAGGGAUGGAUUGCUGUAUCAUGUUAGAAUCCUUCCAGAGCGGGUGCUUCAGCAAUUAGUAAUCCCUAGGUCUUUAAGAGAUGUAGCUCUUCAGCUUGUGCAUAAUGACAAAUCAGCUGCACGUCCUGGCAUCUUCAGGACGUGUUGCAGGCUGCGAGAUAGAUUCUACUUCCCAAAGAUGCUUUCUGAGGUGAGAAGGUAUAUCGGUUCCUGUAGGGAGUGUCAGAGAAGGAAAGCGGUCGGUCGUCGUGCUCCUUUGGCCUCGAUGCCCGAGGUCACACAACCGUUUGAUAGGGUCUCGGCUGAUUUGAUAGACAUGCUGGGUUCUGCCAGUGGCCAUCGAUACGUUCUAGUCAUUAUCGAUCAUUUCAUCGCUAUUUGCAUUUGGGUUCCUCUUCAUUCUAAGAAUGCAGAGACUGUAGCAGAUGCUUUUGUGAAGGAAUAUGUUACUCUGUUUGGGCCUCCGAAAGCAUUAUUAACAGAUAACGGGGCAGAGUUUAUAAAUGCAUUAUUAAGAGAUGUUUGCAGGAUAUUGCAGGUAAAAACAAUGUAUGCCACCGCUUACCACCCACAGGCUAAUGGCAGAGACUGUUACUUCCCAGGAAAUUUUACAAAUUUUAUGAAGAUGCAGACGAGGAUCCCGCGAGGGACGUUGCGUGAGAGGCUGAACACGCCCGGACUGCAUCCGGGGGUUGCAAGAGACUCCAGAGAAAGACAGGCGUGUGAGACGUCAUGCAGGAUUUGA